GCCUUUAUACGUAUUGGAACUGUAACUCCCAGGUUUGAGAAGAGUAGCAGGAGCUAGAAAGCAUAUCUUGAUAGUUCAUUAGGUUUAGCAACCCCUUGAAGUUUGCAUACCAGGGUUUCAUUUUAUUCUUUAUCCAUUCUUGCCGGAUCAAAGUAGAGUAACUACACAAAGUUAGAUAUAGUUUAACGACAGGUUAUUAACAAAUUCAACAGGAAGUGGCUCAAGUAAUAGUUGACUGUGUGUUUUUUUAGAUUAAUAUAGGGAAAAUAUAAAGGUUGACCAUGUCAGAACCAAUUGAAGAAGGAAAUUCUUCUAUUACCCCAGAAAACGAUACCACAACUGCAACGUCGGAGGUUGGCAGCCAAUUAGAGAGCAUAGACCUCAACAAAGACCAUAAAGUUAGUGAGGACAGCGGGAAAGCCCAAGAAGACUCAGACAAACCUGAUCAAGACGAACCCGACCAAAAACCUGACCAAAAACUUGACCAAGACAAACCUGAUCAAGACAAACCUGACCAAAAGCUUGACCAAGACGAACCAAGCGAAGAUACUCCUAUCAAGCCCAGAAAGUCUGUUGGAUUUGCACCGGAACCAGAGGAGGAUUUGAAAGAACACCACGAAAGAUUGAAGGAAAUAGAAAUGGAAAAGCUCAGAUCAAGUCCAUUCCACAAGAUUCCUCCUGAAUUAGCACACCUUGAGAAGAAAACACCAGGACCUAAACCAAUUUCAACCAAAAUUAAGAAGAAGGUCAAUCAUGAUAAGAAAUCAAGUUUAUCAGAAUUAAGAGACUUAAGGUUCAUUUCGCUCAAAGACAUUUCUGUCCAAAAUAAAGAAACUGAGUUGAAUUUCAACUACCCAGAAAUUGAAUUGCCAUUACCAGCACACAAAAUAUUGAUUGAUAUUAAGUAUGUGUCAUUAAACUCGUAUGAUUUGGCCAAAAUUAAUAAAUACAUGAUCAAUUUCAGUUAUACUAAAGUUGGACUUGGAUAUGAAUUUGCCGGAGAAAUCGCCAUUGUGGGCAAUAAUUAUAAAAAUUUACCAGAAUUUGAAGUCGGUCAAAAAGUAGUUGGGAUUCUUACUCCUUACGAUAGGAAAGGGGCAUUGACCACCAGCUUGUUGGUGAAUCCGAAAACUGAUAUAAUAUACCCCAUCGAUGAUGAAACUUAUACGUCUUUGGAGCUGAUUGAUCCAAAACUUUCUUUUAAAUCCACCGGUGAAAAUGGAGACUUUGAAGUCGGAUCAUCAUCAGAUAGUGACGAUGACAGUUUACCUCCACAAGUUGAACAGUUUCAGCCGGAACCCGAACCAACAAACCCUAAGGAUAAAUUGAGGAAAAAGGCUCGUGGAUUUCAAAUCGAGGACGAACUACCACCAUUGGCUAAAAUAUGUACGUUUCCUGUUUUGUAUACUCGAGCCAAACAGGCACUUUCAUACGUCGAUAGUAUAAUUCAUCGUACGGGAAAGGCCAACAUUUUGGUCAAUGGUGGAGAUACCAAUUUAGGUUUCACCAUAACCCAAUUAUUAUUUUCAUCGGUUUAUCAAGAUAUAUUAAAAGAUUUGAACUUAAUUUUAAUUAUUAAAGAAGAAAAUUAUAAAAUGAUGAAAACCUUCACCGAUAAUAUAAUGAAAACUCAUUACAGUCCAAAUCAUUCAAGAAAAAUCAAUAUUAUUACAUUUGACUUGAUCUCUGAUGAUUUAGUGUUACCAGGAGAGAAAGUACCAAUCAACUAUAAAAAACUUGAUUUUUUCGCAUCCGAAGUAUUAGAAGCAAUGUUUAGCACGGUACCUCAAGGAGAAGUUGUUACUAAAUAUGGUGUUGAUGAUUUUAAACUUGAUACCAUUAUUGAUAUAAUUGGUAGUAGGAAGUUUUUCCAAAAAACCAAUGUAAGAUUCAAAAAAUUAGAUCAAAUCCAAUUGCCAUUUAGAAGCAAAAUUUAUCAGGAUAUUACAAUAACUUCUCUAUUCAACGGUACAGUUAGCGAACCGUUCUUGGUUAAGAUAUUGAAACCAAAAUCAAAGGGCUCAACCAUGGUAUCAAUGUGCAAAUUCACAGUGAAAGAACCAAGCUACGAGAUCGAACAAUUAUUAGACUACUCCGGUGAAGGAAUCUUUAAUCCUUGGUCUCUGAAAUGGUCAGGUAACUUAGCAAACUCACUAGUGGGUAAAUAUAACUACUACGAGGAAAUUGAAUUAAACUUAAAUAAACAGUGGUUAAAAGAAGGAUUGGGUUUAUUACUUGCCAAUGAAAUGAAGUUCAGAAUCGAUGAAUACCUCGAUUGGAGAAAUAAUUUCAAGCUGUACGUUAAGCAAUUGAAAAAAAAUGACUGCAAAUUCGUUUUCAAAAUUGAAGAUUUCUAAGUUUAUAUCUCCUUACAAUAAAG